UUCACCAUUUUGCCUGUAGUUCUCAGUUCGGGUUUGACUCGCGCGAGUCGUUCUGCUCGGCUCCUCAGGGAAGACGUCAGGAUUUGUGCCGCGAGUUGUUCGUCCGUCGAGGGGGGAGGAAAAAAAAAAUGUUGCCGCUCUUGGUUGCCGCCGUGGCCUGCGCCCUCCAGCGCUUUUCGGUCACCGCAGAUGUGUUGAAAGCCGAGGCGUGGCUGCAGCAAUACGGCUACCUGCCUCCCGGUGACGUCCGAGCGCAGGCCUUGCGCUCGCCGCAGUCCAUCGAGACGGCCAUCGCGGCCAUGCAGAGGUUCUACGGCUUGACCGUCACCGGCUCAAUGGACCCCAGCACUUUAGCGGCGAUGAGUCGUCCACGAUGUGGAGUUCCGGACAAGUUUGGGCCGGCGCUCAAAAGCAACCUGAGGAGGAAGCGGUACGCCGUGCAGGGGUUGAAAUGGGACAAGUCUGAGGUGACGUUCAGCAUCCAGAACUACACCCCAAAAGUUGGAGAAAGGGCUACCUACGAAGCCAUCCGGAAGGCCUUCAGAGUGUGGGAGAACGCCAUCCCGCUCACCUUCAGGGAGAUCCCGUACAGCCACAUCCAGGGAAAGGUGGACAAGUAUGCGGACAUCAUGCUAACCUUCGCCGAGGGAUUCCACGGCGACAGCACGCCCUUUGACGGUGAAGGCGGAUUCCUGGCCCACGCCUACUUCCCCGGUCAGGGAAUUGGGGGGGACACGCACUUUGACCUCGCUGAGCCCUGGACCACCGGGAACGUGGACCAGGGUGGGAAUGACAUUUUCUUGGUAGCCGUCCACGAACUGGGCCACGCUCUGGGUCUGGAGCACUCCAACAACCCCUCGGCCAUCAUGGCCCCCUUCUAUCAGUGGAUGGACACGGAAAACUUCCAACUUCCGGACGACGACCGCAGGGGCAUCCAAGCCGUCUACGGGACCAAGACAGGUGGCCCUCCUCCACCACCUCGGCCCACUAAGCCCUCCAGUCCCAAGAGACCGGAAGACGGUCCGGACAUCUGCGAGGGACACUUUGACACCAUUGCCAUCCUCAGAGGAGAAAAGUUUGUCUUUAAGGGCAACUGGUUUUGGCGCGUGCGCAACAAUAAGGUGCUCCCAGGCUACCCCAUGGCCAUCAGCCACUUCUGGAAGGGCCUGCCCUCCAACAUCAACGCUGCGUACGAGCGGGACGAUGGGAAAUUCAUCUUCUUCAAGGGUGACAGGUACUGGGUCUUUAGCGAGUCCACAAUGGAGAAGGAUUCUCCCAAGAGUCUGAAAGACAUUGGGACCGGACUCCCCAAAGACAAAAUGGAUGCAGCGCUAUUCUACACCCCGACGGGACAGACGUACUUCUUCAGAGGCACCAAGUACUACCGCUUCAACGAGAGGACUCGCACUGUGGACAGCGGCUACCCGAAACCAAUCAGCACGUGGAGCGGCGCCCCAGACAACAUCAAGGCCGCCAUUAUGAGCGAGGACGGUUCGUACACUUACUUCUACAAAGCCAACAAGUAUUGGAAGUUCAACAACCAGUACAUGAAAGUGGAGUCCGGCUACCCCAAAUCUGCGCUGAGCGACUGGAUGGGCUGCGAAGGCGAGGAACCCAAGAAGGGUCGCGAAGAGGAGGUGAUCAUCCUGGAGGUGGACGAGUCUCAGGGCGGCGCCGGCGGACCGGUCGCCGUGGUGAUCCCGAUCCUCCUCUUGGUUCUGGUGGUGGUCACCCUGGGGGUGCUGCUGUUUUUCAGAAAGUAUGGCACACCCCGGCGCCUCCUCUACUGCCAGAGAUCGCUUCUGGACAAGGUCUAGGCGCCGGGGACUGAUGGACUAGCACGGCGGGACCCAAAAAUGAGCGGGUGAGGGCCAAGUGAAGGUGGAAACUGGGAGAACGGAGGGGACAAGACAAGACAAGUUGGAAGAUCGGGAUGUCCACAUAUUUGGGUGCUUUCUGCAAUUUUUGCCACGUAGAAACCGGAUUUGUACGGCGACUAUUUACAUGACGAACGACAUGCCUGCGACCUCGACUCCGGAUGGGAUAUACAGUACCAACGGUGGGGGUGGGUCGGGGUCACCUUCCCCCCUCAUAUUCUAGGGAAACAUAAAAUUUACGAGACAGAAAAGGCACAAGGCAAAAAUGUUCGAUCCCCACGCCCAAAAUAAUGACAGUUUUUGUUUUUCCUUAAUAUUGCGUCCACGGACGUUUGAUGCGGCACAAGCGGAGAUAUUAAAUCCAUAACUCCGCGUGGUACAGAUUGUUUUUUUGUUUUCUUUUCUUUUCUUUUCCUGCACAGGUCAGAAGAGAGAAAAAUGGAUCAGCACAGAGCGAUUCCAACAAUACAGUGCAAUUAUUAUUAUUAUUUUUUUUUUGUAAAUUAUGGGUGCAUUUGUGUAAUUAUUAUUAUUUGAAGUACAGCGAUCGUUCCCGUUGGCUCCGAGGCGGUCGUCUUCCUUUUCCUCUUUUUGCAUCUGCACAUUGUCGAGAGUCCUGCUGGACAGAGGCGCCGCGCGACAAUGACGACGCGACUCAUCCCGCUUUCACGGAGCGGAGCUGAUCGGGUGAAUAUUUUCAAAACGCAAUCCAGAUAUUAGCGCACGAUAACAAAUCGAUGCUAUUUAUGGUGCUGGAAAAAAAAAAAGGUGAAUUGGUGAAUUCAAGUCAUUAUUUUUGAUAAUGGCAAUUGUAUCAAUAAAAGCAAAUGAGAUUUUUCUUGUGCCCUUUUUUUUUUAUUGCCAAGCAAAGGGAAAUAUUGAUGAGUCUUAGGUUAUUAUUAUUUUUUUUUUUUAAUUAUUAUUUUUGGUGCUGACACAUCAUCUCACAGUCUGGCCUCUCUGUGCCUUUGCGGGAAAUGGCAACUUGCAAUUCAACCUGGAAACCCCCCCCCUCCCCCUCCCCCUCCCCCGGUGACCUACAUAAUGGCACCUCAACAGCUACUUUUUCCGACUGAGGAAAACAUCUGCUUUAAAAAAAAAAAAGAUACAGCGCCCCUUUUGGUACGCUGCGAAAUGCCGACGCGGUGCGCAUCUGGAAAGUAUUCGCAGCGCCGCAGCCUCGUUCCCAAAAGGAUUCGUUUCUUUCCUCGACACCCCGCCACCGCGACGAAGUGAAAAAGGUUUGACGGAUGCCGCAAAGACAACUGGACAAAAGCGCCCGAAAAUACUGAAGCGUUCGAAGCUUGUGACGCUCAGGACUCAGAGUUGAAACCAGUCGUUUACAUACAAAAUAUAAAAAGAAGUAUGCCCCACCCCCCACCCGAUUGGAACUCCAUUUUUUCACCCCCUCUCUGCGUAAGAUCUCGGGAAACUCAAAAACAAGUUAGCAAGUACACCAGGAAGAGAACGGUAACUUUUACAAGUCUGGUUAAUCCUUGGGUACAAUUUCCAGAUGCCUGAAAGUGACAUUCAUCUGUUCAAACAAUUACAUGCAAGGACUAACACCACGGGAAUGGCCAGCUGACAUACCACUCGGGGAAGCCUGUUUUGGUGUAGUCACAAAAUCUCUGAUUUCACUCCUAUUCAGAAUAUAGGGGUAAAAAAACUAAAAAGGCUUGCGCAAACUUGCCUCAUUACGAGUUGCAGAACACAUUGAAAAUGUAUCUAUAAAAUGCUCUCUCAUUUUUGGGAUAUUUAGCUUUCGCAAUAUUUUUGCUAACUGACCGAAAACAGGAAACAUUUUUUCAGAUGUCAGUGAUGAUGAUAAAAAAAAAAAGUUUUUUUUCAUAUUGCACUGUAUGUCCAAACUUCUGUUUUCCUCUGUAUGCAAAUGUUCAUUAAUUUUUUUUUCAAUUUUAAUAAAACCAAAUCCAUUCAAGUUGUUAGAGUCGUGUGGAGGAUUUUUAGAGAAAAAUACAAAUUCAUCCCAUUUCGGAAUAAGGCUGACACUCGAGAAAAUGAGGAAAAAAAGGUCAGCUGGAAUCACGCGGCUGGACUAUAAUAUACGGGCACUUCCUGUGUUGUCAGCUGAUCUGCCUUCGUCAAAAAAGACCUCAGCCCCCCCCCCCAACAAUAGCCCACAUCUGCUUCUCAUUUCCUCAAAAGCAAAACAAGGCGAGGGAGGGAGGAAGAAGCCGGUGGGAGGGACAGGACGAAAGUUAGUUAAAAGCUAUCCAUCCAUCCAUUUUUGAGCCGCUUAUCUUCACGAGGUCCGCGGGAGCGCCGGAGCCGAUCGCGGCUGUCGUCGGGCAGGGGGCGGGGCGCGCCCCGAACUGGUCGCCAGCCAAUCGCAGGGCACACGGAGACAGACGACAGUCGCAGACGGGGGGCGAUUUGGAGUCCGCUUUCGGGGAUGCGGGAGGAAAGCGGAGUGCCCGCCCGGAGAAAAGCCCCGCGGGCACGGGGAGGACGCGCAAACUCCACACAGGCGGGGCCGGGA